CAAGAUUCUUUGUGGCGUACUUGGGCAUACACACGGGGACCGGCGAAAAUUCAAUUCACCACGUGCGAGCGAGCGAGCGGGUUUUGUCGUAUCAUGUCAUGUCAUGUUACGUUACGUUGGCGUCAAGUCGCGAAGCGACGCGUCGUGUCACGUCACGUCGUCCCUCGUCGCAGCUGUACGAGGAAUCGCUGUUGUGCCGCGUUAUACCUCGCGAUGUCUCCUUUUCUCGUGAGACUGCCGGACUGCCGUGCGCGAGGAUAGCGUGGUACGACUCUGCAUGCUCGUUCGCGACGUGUCCGGAUGGCAGCGACGCCGCGCGUCUCGACGUUUCCUGGAUGUGUCGAUCGCGGCGUCGGCAAUGGACUGUUGAUCGUCUCCGAGCCGGUCGGCCGUAUUAUCACUCCUUAUCGCGAGGAAUGGAAGGGCAGUUCGUUCGAUUGCGAUUUGCGCGCUGGGCCAUAGCCAUAGGAUAUUAUGUCGGUGCAAGGUGCGGAUUCUCCAAACUCUACUGCGAAGGAUGAAGAGGAGGAGGAGAUGAUCUUGCAGGACCCUGAAAACAAUCCUGUUCUGGAGUGUCUGUCAGUUAUGAUCAAUGAUGGCACUGAAGAGAAGGACACCAGCCAAGUACAGGAGCUUAUAUUAGAUGACCAAUUGCUUGGCACAAUGGUGACUACGAUCACAUUGCCUGAUGGGACUCAAGCUUUUAUUACGAAUAAUCUCAGUGACAUUAAUCCAGAUUUUAAGACACAAACAUUACAAACGACACUUGAAAAUGGGGAUACUAUUUUGCUGCAAGAUUUGUCAGAAUUUGGCGAUGGCAAGGCUCUCCAACUGGAAUUGGAUCCAGCUACAUUUGUACAAACUGAAGAUACCACUGAAAAUGUAGAAAAUGCAUAUUCACAAGUUGAGUUUAUCAAUGGCACUGCCUAUAUGGUGGCUGGCCAUGUGGAUGUAGAUGAAAGUUUAUGGGAAAUUGAAGAUGGAAAGUUAAAGAAAAAAGAUCCCAAGAUUUUAAUUAACAAGCUAUCUGAUGCAAAAGUCAGAUAUCCUUGUCCUAGAGAGGGAUGUUCAAAGGUCUAUAGCACACCCCAUCAUCUCAAGGUCCAUGAGCGUUCACAUACUGGCCACAGACCAUACAGAUGUAAUCAUCCAAAGUGUAAAAAGAGUUUUUCAACCGGUUAUAGUCUGAAAGCUCAUUCACGGACGCAUACAGGCGAGAAACCAUAUAAAUGUACAAACGGAACGUGUAACAAAAGUUUCAAGACAUCAGGUGAUCUGUUAAAACAUGUGAGAACUCACACCGGAGAACGUCCCUUUGUAUGUCCAUUUAACGGUUGUGGCCGAUCGUUCACCACGAGUAAUAUUAGGAAGGUUCACGUAAGAACGCACACUGGUGAGCGACCGUACAAAUGCACACAGCCGAUGUGUGGCAAAGCAUUCGCUAGUGCGACGAACUACAAGAAUCAUAUACGCAUACACUCGGGCGAGAAACCCUAUGUUUGUUCCAUAGAAAAUUGUGGUAGAAGGUUUACCGAAUAUUCUAGUCUAUAUAAACAUCAUCUUGUACAUACACCACAACGACCAUUUGAAUGCACACUAUGCUCCAGGAAAUAUCGUCAAAGUAGCACGCUGGUAAUGCACAAGAAAACAGUUCAUGCGUUGGUUGAUAGUGACGACGGUGCCGAUGCUUCUUUGCAAGAUUCUCUUGAAUCUUCUAGUCAGAAUAAAAAUAAAAAGAAGGUCGUAAAAGAAACUCAUAAGCUGCUAGCAAAAGAUAAACAAAUUCAGAUUUCUAAAAUGAUCGACGACGCCAAUGAGAAAGAGCCACAAAUUUUAUUUGUAGGCGAUCCGUCGCAAAUUGCUGCAUUACAGAAGAUUGAUUUAGAUGAAAAUUUUGAUGAUCCCGGCAUCGAUACAUUUGAAGGAUUGAACAUAAAAAUCGAGGACAUAGAAUUUGGAUGGAACUAGAAAGAAAUGCGUAAUGUAUGUGUGAAAAAAGCCUUGAGCAUUGAAAGCGAUUUUGUAUGUGAGACAAAUCUUAAACAUAUGUUCAUAAUCUUGUUAACAUUCAUUUAAGGAUGUGCUUUACCAGAGCAAAAUCAAAUAAGCAAAUGAAAAUUAAAAAUGAUAUUAAACGAUGAUGGAUUGCGGCAUGAUAGUAGCUGCAAACUGGAAUUUAAGUUUCUCAUCAAUUUCAUAAGUCUAUCGAAUAGAAAUAUAUAACGUAACGUGUGUGGUUUUUUUCAAUGAGUGAUAAUUUAUGUAGAUGGUUUCCAUAGUCAUUAAUCUAAAGAUCAUGAAGAUUAAUCCGGCGUGACGGAUUACAUUUCUGAUCAAUAGAUAUACUAAAAUGUACUAAAAUGGACCUCAAGAAAAUUUUCAUUUUCUCGUCGAAUGUAAUGAUCUUAGCGAAAUUGUAUAUUUGACGUCGGUUCAUUCUUUGAACGUGAAUGAAGAAGGUAAGGUUUACUUUUAAAAAGUAUACAGAAGAGAUUGUUUAUACAAUAUCGAAUUAUGUUCUGGAACUAAAGGUAGUGCCUUAUCUGAAAGUAUGAAUGAACAGUGAAUGAUUUUAUGUUUAAUGUAAUAUAGUAUGUAUUAAAUGAGUGCAAGUUUUGAUGAAUUUUUAAUAGCUAUAAAACUAACGGUUUUUUUUUAUUGCAUCAUUGGUAAACAUGUGUAGAUGAAAGGUGGAUACACUUUGUUUUUGAAUAAUAUUUCUUAAACAAAAUUUAAAAUAAAACUUUAAAAGCGAUUUAUGCUAUACAGCGAUUUUAUGUUUCAAACCACACUAUGAAGAAAAUAUAAACAAAAGCUUUAAGAAGCUACAAACAUAUAAAAUGAUCUACUUAUUAUUCAAUAGAUUAUUUGAUAAUAAUUGUUUAAACUGUACAAUUUGCAAGACAAUUCAUACAAAUUUUAUUUUUGCUUUUUAAGCAUUUUUAGCAGAUUUAAAACGUUAACUAAUGGAUUUUUGAUAUUAGUAAAAAAUAUUGAACAAUAAUAAAUUAUAUCGAACUGACGAAAUUAAAAUACAAGAUUUUCUAAUAGGCUUUUAUAGACUAUGUCAGUCACAGCAGUUCUUAGUGUCAAAUAAUUUUUAAUUUUUACAAUCUCCAACUUGAACUGCGCGUUGCAUAUUCAUCGGACUUGAAACACAGUCCUGAAGCUGGAAUAUGUAAUAUUAAUGCUUUUAGAAGCAUUAAUAUUAAAAUACUUUACAGUUUUUUCGAGGCGUAGGGGGAUAUAUAUGCAUCUAAAAGCAUUAAUAUUACAUAUUCUGACUUCAUGACUGUGUUUCAAGUCCAAUGAAUAUGCAGCAUGCAAUUUAAGUUGGAAAUUGUAAAAAUUAAAAAUUAUUAUUUGGCACUAAGAACUGCUAUGACUGAUAUAGAUUUUCUAAUUUUGUGUUUUAAAAAAUAUUGGUUACAAUAUCUAUUAAAAACCAAUCAAAAUUUCUGCACUACACACACACACACACACACACACACACACGAGGUAUAUACUAUAUUAUGUUUUGUACAUACAGUUAUCAAGCGUGAUAUUGUAAUAUUUUUAUUACAUUCUAAAUUUUCCUAAAUUAUGGGUUAGCUGAGUUAUUCAUGUUUUUUUAAUAAUAAUUUUUUUUAUUAAUUUAAAAUGGAAAAAUAUAUUGAGAAACUUUAUUUUAUUGCAGAGCGAUUAUUUUGUACUCAGUUUAUUAAAAGAGUUAACGAAAAUCCUAUGGUCUCUUAAACAAUUUGUAAAUUUUAAUUUUAUUAUAUAUGUAAUAUAAUUAUUAUUUUAUUGUUCUGAUAGUGAUCCAGAUUUCCAAAUCUGUUGAAAACAGAUUUUGCAAAAUGCUUGCUACAAAUUUUGUCAGUAGAAUGCUAAUAGAUACAUAACAGAAUAGGAUAACAAAUUAAUUGGUUAUUAUUUUAUAAUUAUUUCAAUUAUAUAUUAUAUAUUUCAUUAUAUAUUAUAUGUUAUAAAUAUUAUAUAUAUUAUAUAUUAAAUUUUAUAUGCAGAAUGUUCCAGACUUAUCGUUAGUGACAGAUUCUUAAUUAUUUUAAGACAAAAAUUCUAAUAAUAAAAAAUAUCAAGACUAUAUAAUUUUUCAAUUAAUUUUUUAAUUAAGAGAAUUUAAAAUUGGCAAAUCGAAGUCCAAAAUGCGGUACGGCACAUUGCAUAGUGAAAGUAUUUCCAGAUAUAAUUUUUAUUUUUUAUAUUGAUUAUGCGAUGUACUAUAUUUGAGCGCGCAAAUUUGGAACAGUUUUUUUUUUCUUCCAUAUUUAGGAAGAAUAUUGUUCUGCCAUUAAUGUCAUGCUAAGUUUGGGACAUUGUAUUACAAAUAUAUUAUAUAUAUAAUAUAUUUAAUUUAAAAGUUAAAAUAUUAGAUUUGUUUUGUUUUUACAAAUAGUUUGUUGUCAAAUUGCGUCGACAAAAUCUGUUGAUAGAACAUGAGCUUACUGUGAACGCAGUUGAUAUCAAUCUAUCUUUCCUAUUUGAUAUCCUAUUCGAAUUUACUAGCAAAUUGUUAGAAUAUUGUUAAUAUUCUGUUUAUCGGAUAAUUUUAAUGUUGCACUACUGAAUUAUUUUUUAAAGUCAAGUAAAAGGAAUAUAUAUUAUUAAAAUCUUGUCAAAUUUGCGAUGUCGAAUCUUGCAAUGCAAAUCUUACAGUUUAAACGGCGACUUCAGAUAUUUUUUCAUGUUAAAUAAAACAGUAUGAAUAAAAUUGAGUAUGUGUGAAAAAUCACUACAUAUGCAUAUAUAUAUAGAUGAUGAAAAAUCUUGUGAUUAAUAUUAGAUUACGGUGUGAGGUAAUAUAAGAAUAUAGAAAUUAAAAUAAAAUAUGUGAUGACAUACUUAAUAACGAUAGAUGAAUAUAAUAUUUGUAUUGUAUACAAAUGUUUCAAGAAGGUCGAAAAAAUAUAUGUAUUAUGUUUUGUACCUUCAUUUUUCUGAGAAUUAAAUUAUUUUUUCGUAAA